UUAUCACAUACUUUUAUCUCCUCAUCGCUGUCACUGAGUUUUCAGUGCCGGCCCCAUACCAAGAUUCCCCCAAUCUUCUUCACCACGAAGCCUCUACUACCUGCAAGAAAGGCCACUUCACACUCUAAUCGAUCUACUCCACCCUCUCCACCCUCUUCACCCGUCUGCUCUUCCCUCGAUUCUUCCCUUCCCAUGGAAACCCCAUACCCUAAACCCAUAAACACCGCCCAAACCCGCGUUGGAUUUGUGGGAAUUGGCGUCAUGGGCGCCGCCAUGGCCUCUCGCCUCCUCGCCGCCGGGUACUCCCUCACCGUCUACGCCCGCAACCCUUCCAAAGCCCUUACACUGCAGUCCCAAGGCGCCCAAUUGGCUGACUCUCCAGUCUCCCUCGCCCGGCAAAGCGAUGUCGUUUUUACUAUGCUGGGGCACCCCUCAGAUGUUCGGCAAAUUGUCCUUGGUCCCAACGGCCUCCUCUCCGGCCUCAACCCCGGCGGCGUUCUUGUAGACACCACCAGCAGCCACCCUGGUCUUGCCCGCGAAAUCUACGCUGCUGCACGGGAGAAGAACUGCUGGUCCGUGGAUUCGCCUGUUUCCGGUGGGGAUAUCGGUGCCAGGGAUGGGAAGUUGGCGAUUUUGGCAGGAGGAGAUAGUGGGGUUGUGGAGUGGUUAACCCCAUUGUAUAAUGUGAUGGGGAAGGGGACUUAUGUGGGCGCACCCGGAUGCGGGAUGAGCUGCAAGAUUGCGAACCAGAUGAUUGUGGCGGCGAAUAUGUUGGGGCUGAGUGAAGGGCUGGUGUUUGCGGAGCGGGCAGGGUUGGAUAAGCAGCAAUGGAUGGAUGCGGUGAGGGGCGGGGCUGCAGGGUCGAAGGCGAUGGAGUUGUUCGGGGGGAUGAUUGAGAGGGACUUUAGACCAGGCGGUUAUGCGGAGUAUAUGGUGAAGGACUUGGGGAUGGGUGUGGAUAUCGUGGAGGAGGAGGAUGAGAGGGUGGCGGUGUUGCCAGGGGCUGCCUUGAACAAGCAAUUGUUUGAGGUGAUGGUGGCUAAUGGAGACGGAAAGCUUGGUGCUCAAGGGUUUAUCUCUGUUAUAGAGAAGAUGAAUGGCAGGUCUGUCAGUGGUUAGAGCAAUAAAAUUGCAGCGAGAGCUUUCUGUCUAUAAUAAAGCACUCAUGGACAAGGUUGAUGUAGCUGUUGAUAUUGGUGUUUUCUUUUGCUGGUUCGUGGGUGGCUUCACGUUCUCAUGUUAUUUGAUACUUGACCCUUGUAAUUGUUGGUGGGUGCUUCAAACUGUCAUGUUGGUCACUUGUAUCAUGUUGAUUUCACUCUCAUGUUCAUGGCGUGAUUCUUAUCCACACAUCUUAGUUGAUCGGUGUUUUAACAUUUUCAUGUUGGUUUAUGCUUUGUCAUUUCUGGUGGUGCUUUAAUAAAGUCAUCUGUAUCACUGUUAUCCUUU